AUAAAAUGAAGAGGCUUUAUUAGAAAAGUACAAUAAAAUAGUGUGGUCAGAAAACAAGCAUGGUCAAAACCAAAAUAAUAAAAAACAUAAAGUAACAAACAUACCAAUGGGAGUGAGACAGUCCACGUCAAAACACGACAAGGCAGUAUCAUAGGGCAUAGAAGUCAGAAAGCAUAGAAAGGUAAUAAAAAUAGCCAUACACAGAAACAUACAAACAAAACACUGGUUAGAGAACUGCUUUAUAUGGACGGAACCAAUCAUAUACUUGGCAGUGAGUGAGUGAGUGACUGAGUGAAGUGCACGGGUAUAUAUAGUGAGGUGAACAGGUGAAAUCAAAACUCAGGUGAUUGUGUUCUGGGAGGUGUUAUAUGAUCAGUCGUGUAAGGAAGUGAAUGAGUUAUAUCAGAGUGUGGUGCAUUCUGGGAAUUGGAGUUCAGAGAUCACUGUUAGACACAGGUGCACAGGUGUGACAGUGAUGUUCACUAUUUUUCACAAUGUUUACCAGCCUUUGGGAUUGCUUUUAAUGUGUGCUGCAUGGUUUUGCCACGUUGAUGUGUUUGAAAUGUUGCAUACAGAUUUGAAUAAUCAGAAGUGUUCGUGAUGUCCUGUAGUGUAUGAAAUACUCACUAGGUCGUUGGAAAUGAUUGGGAGAAAGGGAGUGUGAUUUGUUCAAAGUGAGAAAGUGUGCAUGACUGACUUGUGAUAUAGUGAAUUUGAUUUGACCUUAACUGUGUUCCUCACUCCGUUUGAGUGGAUGAUUUUAACCACCAUCAUCGCCAACUGCAUCGUUUUGGCCCUCGAGCAGCAUCUACCAGAUGGGGACAAAACACCACUUUCAGAGCGACUGGAGGACACUGAGCCGUAUUUUAUAGCGAUAUUCUGUUUCGAGUCUGGGAUUAAAAUUCUCGCUCUGGGAUUCGCCUUACACAAAGACUCGUAUCUGCGCAAUGGCUGGAACGUCAUGGACUUUGUGGUGGUUCUCACAGGUAUUUUAUCCACUAUACCCAACCUUGGUCCUGAACUUGAUUUCCGGACAUUGCGAGCUGUCAGAGUGCUGCGGCCGCUCAAACUGGUCUCAGGAAUUCCAAGCCUUCAGGUGGUGCUGAAGUCUAUAAUGAAGGCCAUGAUUCCGCUGCUGCAGAUUGGAGUGCUGCUCUUUGUGGCCAUUCUUAUGUUCGCCAUUAUCGGUCUCGAGUUCUACUCUGGAAAGUUCCACAGAACCUGCGUCACUAACUCUACAGGUGAAAUUGAUGAACAGCUGUGCGGUGAGGACUUACCAGCUCGUGUAUGUCCUGAAGGGUCAUACUGUAAUGACAAUUGGAUUGGCCCCAACUACGGUAUCACUCAGUUUGACAACAUCCUGUUUGCCGUCCUUACCGUCUUCCAGUGUAUCACCAUGGAGGGCUGGACAGAUAUGCUGUACGAUAGUAAUAAAGCAUUAGGCAGUGCGUGGAACUGGCUGUACUACGUCCCCCUCAUCAUCAUCGGCUCCUUCUUCAUGCUCAACCUGGUGUUGGGUGUACUCUCUGGUGAGUUUGCGAAGGAAAGAGAGAAAGUGGAGAACCGUAACGAGUUUCUGAAGCUGAGACGGCAGCAGCAGAUCGAGAGGGAACUCAAUGGAUAUUUGGAGUGGAUCUGUAAAGCCGAAGAAGUCAUUCUGGCUGAAGAUGACAACACUGGUGACCGCUCCCGCCGCAGACCCACUAUUAAGAAGAAUAAGACAGAUCUUUUGAAUCCUGAAGAAGGAGAGGACCAUGUAGGGGACGCUGUGGGUUCUCCUUUCGCUCGUGGAAGCAUUAAAGGUGAUAACUCCAGCUUCAGUAAAAAGGAGCGGAGGUUCCGGAUCCUGGUGCGGAAGAUGGUGAAGACUCAAGCGUUCUAUUGGACGGUUCUCAGUCUGGUGGGACUGAACACACUUUGCGUGGCGGUGGUUCACUAUGAUCAGCCGGAAAUGCUCUCUGACUUUCUCUUCUAUGCGGAGUUCAUUUUCCUGGGCCUGUUUAUGUGUGAGAUGUUAAUAAAGAUGUACGGAUUGGGCACCCAGCCUUACUUCCACUCCUCCUUCAACUGCUUCGACUGUGCGGUCAUCGUUGGCAGCAUAUUUGAGGUAGUCUGGGCUGUGAUUAAACCAGGAACUUCCUUUGGGAUCAGUGUACUGCGAGCUCUCCGACUGCUCCGGAUCUUCAAAGUUACUAAGUACUGGGCGUCUUUGCGGAACCUGGUGGUGUCUCUGUUGAACUCCAUGAAGUCCAUCAUCAGCUUGCUGUUUCUCCUCUUCCUCUUCAUCGUGGUCUUCGCUCUGCUCGGGAUGCAGCUUUUUGGGGGACAGUUUAAUUUUGAGACGGGAACUCCUCCUACAAACUUCGACACAUUUCCUGCAGCAAUCAUGACUGUUUUCCAGAUCCUGACAGGUGAAGACUGGAAUGCUGUGAUGUACGAUGGGAUUAAAUCUCUGGGAGGAGUUAAAAGGGGGAUGAUCUCUUCUGUGUUUUUCAUCGUCCUCACACUGUUUGGCAACUACACACUGCUUAAUGUAUUCUUGGCCAUCGCUGUGGAUAACCUGGCCAAUGCUCAGGAACUCACUAAGGAUGAGCAAGAGGAGGAAGCGGCAACCUCACAGAAACUAGCUUUGCAGAAAGCCAAAGAGGUUGCAGAGGUCAGCCCACUUUCUGCCACCAACCUGUCCAUUGCUGCUAAGGAACAGCAGAAAAAUUCAAAGGCCCCAAAGUCUGUAUGGGAGCAGCGCACCAGUGAGAUUCGCCGCCAGAACCUGAUGACCAGCAGAGAGGCGCUGUACAAUGAGCUGGAUACAGAAGACUGGAAGCAAACAAACUUCCGCAACCGUCCAGAUGUGAAAACCCACCUAGAUCGCCCCCUGGUGGUCAACCCACAGGAGAACCGCAACAACAACACCAAUAAACCCCGUCCGGGUGAGCCUGAGGACCUGCCGCCUGACCCGCCCCGGUACCAGCCGCCCUACUCUAGUCGGCAGUGCAUGCACCAGUCUGACCCUCGGGACCCCCGGCACCACUCACACACUCACCGGCGGAGGGAAGAAGGGGCCCGGAGACACCGGGGCAGAGGAGCAGAAACUGGAGGCGACUCAGAGGAGCCAGAAAGGAGGCAAAGGAGGCAUCGCCACGGCAACCAUGGAGACGGGGAGGGGAGGAGGGAACGGACCUGCCCACAUCGCUCAAAAAGAGAGGGCGUCAUGUCCGCCCGCCCAAUGCACAGUCUUGUGUGUGACGAGAGUGUGUACAGUGAGGAUCUAGAUAACCUGCGGAACAGCAGGCUGGCUCUACACGACCCCGAUACAUGCUGUGACGUGGAACAGGCCAACAACCUGCUGAACCUGCAGGGGCCAGAGCCUCAGGACUGCGCCAUCCUCAUCCUCACACAGCCCACACACACCCCCACCAAGACUGACCACACCGAAAUAGACAUGCCUCCCAUAUACCCCUCCCUCCAUGCCCAGCUGCAGGUGAACAAGAAUGCUAACACUGAACCAGCUAAAGAGGGGGAGAAGAAAGAGGAAGAAGAGAACGGCGGUGAUGAUGAAGACGGACCUAAACCCAUCCCUCCAUUCAGCUCCUGCUUCAUAAUGUCUCCAACCAACCCGUUUCGUAAGUGCUGCCACUACAUCCUGACUCUGCGAUAUUUUGAGAUGUGUAUUCUGUCUGUAAUCGCCAUGAGCAGCAUCGCCCUGGCAGCAGAGGACCCAGUGUGGCCUGAAUCCCCCCAGAACAAUGUUCUUCGCUACUUUGAUUAUGUCUUUACUGGAGUGUUCACGUUUGAGAUGCUUAUCAAGAUGGUGGUUCUGGGUUUGGUUCUUCAUGAAGGUUCGUAUUUCCGGGACCUGUGGAACUUUCUGGACUUUAUAGUGGUUAGUGGUGCCCUGGUGGCCUUCGCCUUCACGGGGACCGGCAAGGGGAAAGACAUCAGUGUCAUCAAGUCUCUGAGAGUACUUCGAGUCCUGCGACCUCUCAAGACCAUCAAGCGUCUGCCUAAACUGAAGGCUGUAUUUGACUGUGUAGUAAACUCGCUGAAGAACGUCUUGAACAUCCUCAUUGUCUAUUUGCUCUUCAUGUUCAUCUUUGCCGUUGUGGCCGUGCAGCUCUUUAAGGGUCGCUUCUUCUUCUGCUCGGACGAGUCCAAAGAGUUUGCUCGGGACUGCAGGGGUGAGUACCUGGUGUAUGAGCGCGAUAGUGAUGUGAAAGCAGAACCGCGGGAGUGGAAGAAGUACGAUUUUCACUACGACAACGUGCUUUGGGCCCUGUUAACUCUCUUCACUGUGUCCACUGGAGAGGGGUGGCCAGAUGUGUUGAAACACUCAGUGGAUUCCACCCAUGAGGAUCAGGGCCCUAGCCCGGGUUAUCGAAUGGAAACAUCCAUCUUUUACGUGGUGUAUUUCGUUGUCUUCCCCUUCUUCUUCGUCAACAUCUUCGUAGCUUUGAUUAUCAUCACCUUCCAGGAGCAAGGAGACAAGAUGAUGGAGGAUUACAGCCUGGAAAAGAAUGAGAGAGCCUGUAUAGACUUUGCUAUAAACGCUAAGCCCCUGACUCGCCACAUGCCAGAGGACAAGCUGAGCUUUCAGUACCGGAUGUGGCAGUUUGUGGUUUCUACACCAUUUGAGUACAGCAUUAUGUCUCUCAUCGCGCUCAACACCAUCGUCCUCAUGAUGAAGUAUCAUGGUGCUUCAGAAUUGUACGACAAAGUGCUGAAGAACUUGAACAUUGUCUUCACCAUUCUCUUCUUCAUGGAGUGUAUCCUGAAAAUGAUGGCUUUUGGUAUCCGGAAUUAUUUCCGAGAUGCGUGGAAUAUUUUUGAUUUCGUCUCCAUUCUCGGAAGCAUCACAGAUAUUUUAGUAACGGAGCUGGGGAAUAACAUAAUUAACGUGAGGUUUCUGCGUCUGUUCCGAGCUGCUCGUCUCAUUAAGCUGCUGAGACAGGGAGAGACCAUCCGCAUCCUAUUGUGGACGUUUGUACAAUCAUUUAAGGCUUUGCCGUAUGUCUGUCUUUUGAUUGCCAUUCUCUUCUUCAUCUAUGCCAUCAUCGGCAUGCAGCUGUUUGGGAACCUGGCGUUAACUGAUGAUGAAGCCGCGAUUAACGAACACAACAACUUCAGAACUUUCAUAAUGGCAUUGAUGCUGCUGUUCAGGAGUGCAACAGGUGAAGCUUGGCAUGAAAUAAUGUUGGCGUGUUUGGGCGAAAAGCCUUGUGACCCCAGCUCUUCAAGUACUAAAGAUGAGUGUGGGAGUAACUUUGCCUAUGCGUACUUUGUCUCCUUCAUCUUCCUUUGUUCCUUCCUGAUGCUGAAUCUCUUUGUUGCUGUUAUAAUGGAUAAUUUUGAGUACUUGACUCGGGACUCCUCCAUUCUGGGUCCCCAUCACCUGGAUGAGUAUGUGAGGAUUUGGGCAGAGUAUGACCCGGCAGCCUGCGGGCGCAUUCAUUAUAAGGAUAUGUACAGUUUAUUGCGGGUUAUCGACCCCCCACUGGGCUUAGGCAAGAAAUGUCCUCAUAGGGUGGCCUGCAAGAGACUGCUGCGUAUGGACUUGCCUGUUGCCGAUGACAACACAGUGCAUUUCAACUCCACCCUGAUGGCCUUAAUUCGCACUGCACUUGACAUCAAGAUUGCUAAGGGAGGGGCAGACAAGCAUCAAAUGGAUGCAGAGCUGAGAAAGGAGAUGAUGGCGAUAUGGCCAAAUCUGUCACAGAAGAACUUGGACCUGCUGGUCACGCCACAUAAGUCAGCCACAGACCUGACGGUGGGCAAGAUCUACGCUGCCAUGAUGAUCAUGGAGUACUACCGGCAGAGCAAGGCCAAAAAGCUGCAGGCACUUCGGGAGGAGCAGAACCGAACGCCAUUAAUGUUUCAGCGCAUGGAGCCGUCCCCCAAUCAGGAUGGGGGUCCCGGGGUCAACGGAUUGACCAACUUACAGCAGGACACAGUCAACAACGUGCCUGUGGACAAUUCUCUGAUGGACAGUCAGACGUGGGUCACUCCUCAAACUCAGGAGAUGAUCCACAAAUCUGCUCACGACAACUGGAACUCCGAUAGACCCUACGAUGAUCACCAUGACAACCGCCACAACCCACAGACAGUAGAAAUGAGAGAGAUGGGGCCUGUUGGAGGUGGUUACUCCGACAAUGAGACUUAUCACCCAAUGGAAGGGCAUGGAAGGACCAUUUCCAUGCCCCGCCUCUCAGCAGACAACCAACGUCGGAGAAACAGACCACGAGGAAAUAACCUCAGUACCAUCACAGACAUGAGUCCGAUGCGACGGUCUACGUCCUCGUUGGUGCAUGGGCGCUCAGGUCGAGGCGUUCGUCUGGAUGACUACUCACUGGAGCGGGUUGUAUCGGAGGAAGGCCAAAGACAUGGGAGGCGAAGACGAGACAGAGAGAGGGAGCGGAGUCACCGAACCUCUGAGAGAUCACUCACUCGAUACACUGAUGCAGAUACAGUAGGUCUGGGCACAGAUCUCAGCACAACAACACAGUCAGGUGACCUUCCUCCCAAAGAGAGGGAGAGAGAGAGAGGCAGAGCCAAAGAUCGGCGGCACCAUCACCAUCAUCAUCACCAUCACAGCUCAGUGGACAAAGACUACUAUGGCCAUGAGAGAGAAUAUCAUCAUCAUUCUCACAACAGGCCGGAACGCCACUGGUCCCGUUCCCCCAGCGAGGGCAGAGAUGGCAGGGGACUCAGACAGGGCAGUAGUUCAGUAAGCGGAAGUCCUGUCCCUUCGACGUCGGGCACCAGCACGCCCCGCCGCGGGCGUCGCCAACUGCCCCAGACGCCCUCUACCCCUCGCCCCAAGGUCACCUACUCGCCUGCCGUCCGGAAACCACCCUAUGCGCACUCCCCAGGUCAGGGCCGUCUCCGUUCGCCCUCGCCAGGUCAAGAGGAUCACUACCACCAUCGCUCGUCUUCUCGCCCACCUUCUCGCCCACCCUCACGUCCGCCGUCUCGCCCACAGUCACGUCAGGCCUCACCUCGCUCGCCCAGAAACCCCCGCUGGUGCGCCCCAGUGGACAGUCUAGAAGGUGAACCACCGUUUUACGAGCGGGACUACGAGUACGAACGCCAGCAUGAGCCGCCUGCAUACGAGCAGAGCAUGGCCCAGGGCAACCCUCACCCGCAUUCCCGCUCGCCCAGGACUGCACGCCAUGGCGGAUUUUCACAUCCGCGUCGUGUCCCCAAUGGCUUUCGCUCGCCCUCCCCUCCAUCCCCACACCACCGCGGACACACGCACCGCGGGACACACCCGCGAGGGCCGAGAAAAGGCCUCCAUGAACCCUACAGCGAGACAGAUGAGGAUGACUGGUGCUAGCACUAGCAUGCAUCGUCCACAAGGGGUGCCAAACCAUGCUGCAAAUAAUUGAAAUACACAGAAAUAUGAUAUUAAUUGAUAUGCAGAUCCGGGAGGAGAGAGAGAGGAAGGAGUGGGGUGUGAUGUGACAGUAAGUCUGUGAGAGACUCUUAGGAGCAGUACUCACACAUAACAGAAAAACAUGAGAGUCAUGAAAGGCCUUACUAUCGCUCCUGUUCUCUCUCUCCCUCUCUCUCUCCCUCUCUUUACCGCCUAUUCCCUCGCUCAUUUCUGGACAACAUUACCCAGAAACGUCAGCAGGGAGAGGCUGGGGUGUCUUCCGGGUGCUUCCCGGGUGUGGCUGUCUCAAUAAAGAGAUCAGAUGCAGGUGUGAGCAGGACAUUCUGCUGGACUCUGAGAGCCGGAAUGUUCCCAGCUUGACUGUGAAAAAGCCACGAGGUUAAAUGCCCUUUCAUUUGGAAGGUGAAAAAACAACACAGGUUUUUCAAAAAAAUCCAUCAAACUAUGCCUCUUGAGACUCCUCAGAGAAAACAACAUAAAACAUGAAGACAAACAUAUAAAUAAAGAAACAAGAGUGAGAGCUCUUGUACAUGAGAGCUAGCAAGCUCUGUCUACUGCAAAACUCCCCAAUGGCAUCACGGGCUGAUACUGAUGAGUUUUAUCAUCUGCGUUUACUCUAUGCUGAGUUGACCUCAUCGCCUGGGGUGGUGGGGGAUAACCAGAGGGUUAGGAGAGCCCACAAAGUUCCUGCCCACGCAAAAGGCAAAAGGUCCUUGGUGUACCAGUGGCCAGAGCAAGAGAAGACAAGAGCAAGAGAAGAAAAGAGCAGGAGGCAUGAAGGGAUGAAAGACUAGUUCUUCUUCAGUAUGUCUUCAAUUAAUUAAUUCCUUCUUCUUCUUCUUGGACAUUUGGAGCUUGGUUAUUCUGUUGCAUUCGCUUUGCUUUCUUUGAUCUUUUUGGACUCAAAUCUGAAGGAAACUUGCAUGAUUGACGAAAAAAAAAAAACCUGACAAACAACUAACUGUGGGAGGGGAGGGUUGGGGUGAUGACUCUCUUUUUAUUUUGCUAUGUUCAAAGAAGUUCUCUCCUUUUCUCUCCUGGUUGCUCUUCAAAACUGUGGUCUACGCAGCAGAUAGAUACAACAUGCAGAUAUUCUGAGCUGUUAGGUGGAAGUGUUUUAUUUCAAGCUGCACUUUUGAUCACCACCUUUGAUUGCACUAAAAAAAAAAGAGAAGAAAACGAUAAAAGCGAUAAAACUCUCUGGAUCUACUGGAGCAACUUUACUAACGAGAGAAGCAACAAAGGAAAGAAUUUCUCUUUUACUAAAACUUAAUUUACUGUCAUUAAUAAGAAUAGUCUCAUACAAUAAUGAAGAAUAUGUUUAAUGCAAUUGACGAUGAUGGCAGUGGUGGUGGUGAUAGAGGUUGUAAUGUGACUUUGUUGUCUUGUUUUUUGGAGUUUAAGCUGCCAUCUUGUUUCUCAUUUUGGUUGACUCUGUUGCGUUAUGAAAACCAAUGGUGUGACCUUCUGCACCCAAUGGCUUACCGUGCAUAUUUAUGACCUCAGAGAACAGAAAGGCCCUAAUCUGCAGGGAGAGGUGAGUUUGGGAUGCAGCCCAGCUGAAGGAGACAGAAGGAGGACUGAGCUCUUCACUUGUUACUAAGUGCACUCCAGGACUGUAGCGGCCAGGUUUUUUUCGCCCUCAGAUAUUUUCUACCCUGGGAGUUUUAAGAGGUCAGUUUUUGUGUCUGAAAAAAAAAAAACGUUUUUUCGAACUGUUGUAACCUGAAAUCAAACCGACGCCAAAGGUGUCAUUCAGGGUUCAUCCACCUUUCUUUGCCUGCAGUUUAAGAAGGAAAUUUAAUAGCGAGAUUUGGAUACGUUUUAUAAACUGAUGGGUAAGUUUUUACCCCCCGCCUCCCCAAACUGAAUAGAGAGUUUUCCAGCUCAGCGUAACCGUAGGUGCAGAUGACCAUUUUUAGGGAAGAAUUUUGUCAUUGUUUACCUUUUACCCACAUGGUAGUGGAGUUCAGGCUCCACAGUGGGAAGCAUUUGUUCCCAGUGGUUGUUUAAGGGCGCUGUUGCAUUGUCCCUGUGGAGAGCCCUUGUGCUCUUUGUUUUUACCAGAGGGAAUGUUUCUGGUUUGGGAAGAGUUUGGGGGUUCCAUGCUGGAUUUCAUUGCCCAGUUGGAAAGUACCUGGAGAUCCACCCAGAAGGUCCACCCUGUCUGGCUGCCUGUCUCCCUAACACCCCGAACCCAACACCCUCCUGCUCAGGAUACAACACACAGACAGGCCGAGAUAUCCUCCUGCCUUUUUCUGACCAUCAUACCCCAUCCAAUCAUCACUGCCAGAACAUCCUUACACCUCAUACUACUCAUAAUGCUCGUCCUGCCCUUAGCUGGUGAUCUCAGCACUCAUGUUAGCACUCUUAGUUCUUCGAUCAGGCUCUCUAACAGCUUGUUUUAUGAUCCCAGCGACAGACAACAUCUACACAUGUUUCUUGCUAUAGGUGAUAUAAACAGAUUCUUUAUGCCUAUGCAGAUAGCAAUCACUUUCUUCAUUUCAAGAUGCAUGAAUGUGUGCGUGUGUGUGUGCUGUUGUGUAUCAUAUUUCCUACCACAAUAUCAUGAGUUAAUUUGGUAUGGUUUAGUCCAGUCUGGUCUGGCUCGAUGACCCUCAGGCCCCUCUCAUAUUCCUUUCAUUCACUCUUCUCUUCCCAGCUGCUUUAUAACACAAUGAUAAGGGCCUGCAAUGGGCUUGUUCUGGGCCUAGUCUAAUCCUUUUUGACGUUCCACCAAUAGAGGCUAGAUUUGUUUAUUGCUAAUGCUAACUAGCACAAUGUUUGUUUAUUAGCUAAAGCUAGUUAGCUGUUUAAUUCAGAAACAUUGUAUUUUAAGAGAUAAUAAUGGAAAGUGACCCAAAGCGACCAAACAGCAAAAUGCUAGCUUGUUUAUUAUAUUGUGAUUAGAUAUUCUUUUUCAUUUUAAUUUGUUGUGGAACAAAAAAAUAUGACCUCUAGGCUACUGGUGAAACUCGCUUAAUCCUGAGCCUCAUUAAGCAGCUGGGUUGAUGAUGAUGAUGACAAUGAUGAUGACGAAACUUACAGGCAGAUGAAUCUACAGAGCCACAGUGCCUUCUGUGUCACAUACCAUCCCCUCCAUUCCUCUCUGUGUAUCUCUCUCUCCCUCUUCCUCUCUCCCUCUCUCUCUCUUUCACUCUCUCAUGAUGGAAUCAAUCACAAAACGCCUUAACUACUGGGAGGCGCAGUAACGCAGUGGGACGGGUCGCGGGUCUACUGUUUUUUUGAGAGCGUAUGGGAAUUUUCUGUUUCUCAGGUUACCAGAAGAAGGUUCCUGCUGGACUGUUGCCAGCUCCUGCAUGGGUUUAAAUGCUGUACCCCGUUUACACUUCUCUUGGUCCUGCACGCUAAUAAAAAACAAAACAACUGAAACCCUGAAAUGUGGGCAAAGCUGAAAAGCCCCAUUCUGGCCUAGCUUUACCCAUUCGAAACCGGAGCCAUCGUUGCCAGGUCUAGGAAUGUCAGCAUUUUAACAUUUUGGCACACAAAAGUGAAAAAGCUUUAUUAGCCAACUUUCAGAUUUAGAUUAAUUAUAGUAUAAAAAACAGAGCAAUACCUUGGCAACCACCAUCAUCAUACCAACAACCUAGCAACCAUCAUAGCAACAACUUAGCAGCCAACAUGGGAGGGGGGUUUUUGUGAUUAAACAGUAGACCUGGCAACCCUGACUCUAGAAAUUACAACUUUCUUAAGCCACUUCAUUGUUGCGCUAAGUCUGCUACUCUAUUCCACUAAAUUUGCUAGUUUUUUCAGUUCGUUUUUCAGGGCGGUCAUCCAGAAUCCUCCUCUUGCUUCGCCUGGUUCAGAACCAUGCUAGUGCUUCCGGUUCUCAUCGUGAAACAUUUCUCUCGAUUUCUUCUCUCAUUCUGUCCAUCAUGCUAAUGCUAAUGCUAUUGCCGCUAAUAGUGAAAGAGAGGAAACAACCAGUAGUUAGGAAAUUUAUAAGUACUGUUUUUACUGGUGGCUACCAGCUUCCAGUCACCGUAAGUUAGCAUGUGCGGUUAUGCCAGCGGUUAUGCUAACUUGUUCCUUUAAGGUUCAGGGUUCACACUGGGUCACAGCAGCCUGUGGGUUGGGGGUCACCAAGCAUUCACACACACUCCACUGACGUGAUGUUGUUGAGUUUGUUUGUUUGUAUUUGUGUUGAACACAAAUAAGGGCUCUCCUUCUACUGUCUGAUUUUUACCAGUGCUGCCAAAUCCAGUCUCCUGUAAUGUAGCUCCGCCACGGCCGUGGUCUCCCUCUGUACAGAUCAGCACUGCAGUGUGUGUGUGUAUGCGUGUGUGUGUGUGUGUGUGUGUGCAUGCUAAUGUUGGAGGGGUAGAAGAGGGAGAAAUACUGGGUGUUGUAGUGUUUUAUUCUUGUGUGUAUGAUCGAGAGAUCCAGAGGCACAGCUGUGGCAGCGUAAAUGCCAAAAAUAAAAAAAAGACAAAAACAUAAAAACAACAACGCAAUUUGGUCCCGUAGUGGUUCAACCACAACAGGGACCGGCAACUAUUACCGCACUCUUAGAACCGAUGCAUUCGUCUGGUUAGGCUCAUCGCAAAUAGGGAAAUUUGCUUAUUGCGUAUUUGCUACGUAUUUGCUAGUCAGUUAACAUAACGACCGCUCGCUUGCAGCUAAUGUUACAAGACAGCUAGCUAGCAUUUUAUUAGGACUGUUUUAGCCAUCUGAUUAAACUAGUUUAAACUAUAAGGAAAGCAGUUUUUCUUAGUACUUUAAUUAGUUCUAAGUACUAGAUUUAACUGACUCGUAACACAGUUACCUUAAAUUUGUAUUGUUCAAACUUAACGAUAAAACAUUGUUACAUUUUAGUGCAGUUAAAUGCACUGCAGUGCACAAGUCCUGCUGUUACACUGUCUGUGUACAAGAUACGCUCUUUUGGGGAUUCAAAUCUGAUAUUUUGACACCAAAAAAUGAAUUAAUGAUUGCAUCAGUGUAAUUAAUGAAUGCAUCAGUUUUGAGAGUACGGCUCCACAGUCUUGUGUUCAUCAUUCAUUACCCAUAAUGCCUCAGGGGCACCACCUACACAGCUGUACCACCCACAAAGACGUUUGAGGGAUGGGAUCGCGGCAGUAACAGUGUGUGUGUGUGUGUGUGUGCGCAUGUUCUAAUUGGCCUACUGGGUGUAAACCUGAUGGUUUAUGCUCUCUUGAGUGUUUCUUAAAUGCGAACACUUUCACUACUUCUCCAGUAAGAACUUUCUCCUCAGCUCCAGUUUAGACAGUAUCAUGUAUCUCGUGAUUCUUUUCUCUGGGUUUACAUUGAUUGUGUUCUGUUGGUUCAGCUCUGGCACCAAAAAGUUCAGAAGAUCAGAAUCAAACAAACAGUUCCUGUUCGAAUUCUUGAAUUCUCCACUGUGGUUCUUAAGAAGAAUCCAGCACUCAGGCAACUCAGACCUCAUUUUUUUAUCCUUAACUCCAUUUCUUUUUGUUUGUUUGUUUCUUUGAGCUCCAAUGCAGUCUUCAUUUCAUUGCAAUAACAUUGUUACUUUUACUGCCCCCUCCUUACAGGGGUUGAUGUAACUGCAGGCUGGUUUCAGUGCCUUAUGAUGUGUUUCAGAGCAUCACUGUCUUCACACUGCUCAUCUUCUGUCAUUUCUUACUGUAUAAUACAUUACUGUACACACUCGCAAUCUCUGUGCUCUCUCUCUCUCUCUCUCACUCUCUCUCUCUUUCAGGGUUGCCAGUCUUAAUUUGUCUAAAAAUCUUUAAAUCUUCGUAAUUCUCUAAAAUUUACAAAAUCUAGAAUUCAGCACUGAUACAAUAUUGUAGUGUUUUGAUCUGAGGUACUUCACAAUACAUGAAACUGGUAGGCAUAAAAUGUGCCUUUAUUGAAUGUGUUGUUAAAGUAUAAUAUUAACAUUAAAUUUAUGCUUAAUAACAUCCCAAACUGGUACUCUAGCUGCAAGCUACCAGGUUAGUUUCAGGCUAAUAAAAGUACACCAAUACAGAUAUACCAGUAGUACAAAGAUAUGAUACAGACCACCUUUUAUCUCAAAAUUAUUUAAUGAUAAUUGAUAUAUAACAAUAACUGUGAAUACAUGUGAUUAUUUAACUUUAACUCUUAACUAUACUCUAUUAUUUUAACUUGUGCUGUAGUGUAUUUUAUAGAAAUAUAAUAAAAUUUACAAAUUUUCACACCCAACACUUUCGUGACCUAUGUCAGUAAUAUAGCGGAAAACAUCGGCUUGCCAAAAAUGUCAUCAAAUAUUUUAGUAUCUAGUAUUCUAUGAGUUUCUAAACUCUUACGACACUGUAUGAUAUACUUUAGCUACAAAAACAUAGACUUUAGAUAUAUUCUUCAAACAAUAUGCUGUAAAAAUCUAUUAAUUUGUUUAUUUUUGGAUUUAAAUUACAUCAUGUCUUUAUAAUCAAAGUUAUAAUCAGAAUCAUUCAUUUAACAAGCAAAACAAUAAAAACUCUCUUUCCAGGAAUCUGAGUGCUGGCCUGUUACAAUUAUAAAUUAUUAAGCUUUAAUAAUAAUUGAUGGACAACAAUUACUGUUAAUCACUGUUAAUUCAUUUUAUCCUAUCAUUGUUAGUGUUACAUCACAAAAACAUACAUAAAAAAAUAUAUAUUAAUAUAUUAUUAACCAAGUACUCUUACAUCACUUUUCCAGGCCUUGCCCACUAAUGUGCUCUCUUCUGCAAUUUUAACAGCUAACAGAGCUGCAGUAAAAACCUAUAUUUUAAGAAUGGCAACCCUCUCUCUGUCUCUCUUUUUCUCUCUCACACACACAAUCAUUCCCUCGCUCUUUGUUUUCUCUGUUCUUUGUUUGGGCUGUUGUGUUGAGCCUAAAAUAGCUCAAAAGUGGUGCUAUGCUUUAAAAUCUGGUCCAAAUGAUAAAGCCUAAAAACUUUAUAACACAGCUUUAGCAAACCUAGACAACCUAAGUUAUCUCAGUUAACUAGCUUAGUGUUAUAGUAAUUAAUAGAUAAGAGCAGUCACAAUUCAUAUGAAGCAACUUAGGUUUCUAAACAUUUAUAGGCUCUUAUAAACACUUAGCUUAAACCUGUGUCUAAAAAUGUCUGGCUAGUUCCUGCGACAGGCCAUGAACAACAUUCAGAAGGUUCAUUUUACUUCAUCACAUCUGUAAUGAUUGUAUAUAUCAUUUAUAAACUGUAUAUAUCAUCAUCAGUGUGUGUCCAUGUCCAUUCUUUCCUCUCUCACUGUCUUUAUUGCCCUCUCUCUCUCUCUCUCUUACUCUUUCUUUCUCUGCUCACAAACACAUUAGCCAAAUAGCUAACAUGCUAACCAAGCGUAGCCACUUCAGCCAGCUAGCUAAGGUAGGUAGAUAAGGUAGGUAGCUAGCUAACAUUAGUUUAAACUUUCUUGGUUCGAAACAAUUUUUGUUAACAAGAGUGUUAGUCCCGCUAAUAUGGUUAGGAGCGUUAUUGCUAGCCCUUAUUUAGAAGAUUAAGUGAUCACUAGGUUAGCUAGUGAGGUAAAUAUGGUUUUCAAAAUAAGGGUCCCUAUCAUAAUAUGGUUUUCAUAAUAAAUUAGAUAGCUGGCUAACAUUAGGUUAAAUUUUCUUGGUUCCUUACAUUGUCAGGUGUGUGUUAGGCAGGUAGCUAAGCUAAUAUGGUUGGGAGUUGAGCUAAUGUUAUUGCUAGCCCUUUUAUUUUGAAGGGGAAGAUUUAGAGUAUACUCACACUAAGCAUGGUUUGGAUGAAUCAUGCUGGAGCACGGUUCUGCCCUCUCCCCGCUCCCCCACCAGCCUGCACUCAUACUGUGUUUAAACAAUCCGUGUAUGCUUACGUCAUUACUCACUGCUCAGUGGGCUAGCCGGUGUUGUGCCGAAUUCAACACCGCCGCCAUGAAAAGCAGUCAAAUGAUAGCUAGCUAGCUCAUGCGGCUCUGGAGGUAAACCAGCUGACAUAAAUUAUGCUGUUCAUUUUGUCAUUUUUUGUUAAUCAUUUAUCAUUUUAGAUUUAUUUUUUUUUUUACAUUUUUGCAUUUUUCAAUGUAUUUUAUUUAGAAACUGAGGAAAAUAAAAUGUUCAUAAUAGGGGUCGUUUCAAACAUGCAUGUUAGGGCCCCAAAUCCUAUUAAACUAAUAUUACAAAUAUAUUUUAGUUUUAGUUAUUAUGGAUGGAGUGUGUGUGUGUGUGUGUGUGUGUGUGUGUGUGUGUGUGUGUGUGUGUGUGUGUGUGUGUGUGUGUGUGUGUGUGUUUGUAUGUGUGUGUUGUGUGACUAAAACCUAUUCAUUUAAAGCUAUCAAUUAACUGUUACUGUGACAAACCAGCCCCCCCACAGUCUUUCCCAUUAACCAAUCACUCCGCUCCAUGAUGACAUCAUCAUCAUCCGUACCCAUUCAGAAGCAAGAGCGGAAGAUUUAAAAGGGGGGAAACAGAUACCAUGCUGACAAGGAAGAGGAGGAGUGUGUAUUCAUGACUUGCAUGUGCGAUGUGCAUGCCACUACGUGGGAUAUCAGAUCAACUUCAGGAAUUAAAGAUAUAUUUAAAAAAGAGAGAAUUUAAAGAAAAGAGUUUAAAUCUGUAUAAAUAGAUCAGUCUAGAUGUUUUUAAGAGCAACGUGUUCCUUUCCUUCUAUUUUUAAAAACAAAACGUCAAAAAAGGACAAAAAAAGAAGCACCAAAAGACAAAAGAUCACAAAAACCAUGAUGAUAAUGAUGACGAUGAUAAUGAUGAUGACGAUAUAAAGGAUGUUUGUUUAUUUGUUUGAUUGUUUUUAUUGCUGAAUGAUCUCUGAAAUCUGCAGGUGAGGCAAAUCAAAGCGCUGUUCAAAACUUAAAGAUACUUUUAAAAAGAAUAAUUAUAAUAAUAAUGAAAGAAAUAAUAAUAAUAAAGAUGAAUAUUAAAUAAAAACAGAAGUGUCCUGGCACCCCCCAGAGUGUGUGUGGGGGGGCUUUAUUUUAAACAUCCUGUUUGCUGAUGUUUCGCUAUGAAAGCAGAGGCUGUGAAUGUGAUGUUGCCCCUUUAUUCUGACUGUGAGAAAAAUCCCCCCCCAAACCCCAUAUUCCCCAUAUCUUUCUCUCACUCUUUUUCUCUCUUUCUCUCUAUGCCUCUCUCUAUCUCCUCUGUUUCUACAGUGCAUUUUGUAAUUGAAGAAAUCUUUACCCAAAGGCCCGAAAUAAAACCCAGAGAGAAUGCAUUCUGUA